AUGGAACGAUGGCUGACUUUGCUUCUGCUGUUUCCAGUUCUGUUUUUUAGCACUGUGACAUCUGCCAAGGGAUGUCGCAGACCUCAGCUGAAUGCCAACAUCAAUGUGGCUGUGGACCAGAUGUUCUUUGACCCUGGUGUGGCGUUAGCGCUGUCCUGCAAAGACGGAUACACCCCCAUCUCAGGCCCUCGCACAAUUGUUUGCACUACCAGUGGAGCGUGGACAGCCACUAAACUUCUGUGCAAGCCAAAGCUGUGUCCUUAUCCUGAUUCACCAUCUAAUGGAGACUUAUACUACGAGGAUACUGUGUACCAGAGUACGAUCAACUAUACUUGUCAGGAAGGGUAUAUACUGUCUGGAUCCAGCACCUCUGUCUGCCAAGCCAAUGGAACAUGGAGCACACCUGUACCAGAAUGCAUAGCUGUGACCUGUGGUCUUCCUCCAAUCCCAGAGUUUGGGAUGAUUGUUUACAACACCAGGGUUAGAGGGAACACCACUGAUUACGGCAUCACGGGGACUUACAAAUGCCUGCCUCCAUACGCACUUUUCGGUGAUGCAACGGCAGAGUGCACGACCAGUGGCACCUGGACCAAGACACCUGAAUGUCGACGGGUGACUUGCGCUCUACCAGAGAACAUUAAUAGAGGCUACAUGUCAACCAAUGACCAGAGAGACUUUGACUACCUGGAGACCAUCAAAUAUGGCUGCACUGGAGAUUAUGUAGUGGAGGGAAGUCUGGAGAUUGUUUGCCAGCAGGAUGGAACUUGGUCUGAGAAGCCAUCCUGCAAGGCUCCUUGUCAGAUUGGAAUAAAUAGAGGGAGGAUACUUUACAAAGGGAAAAAAAUGUGGAUUGAAGACUUUAAACCAAACAAAGUCUUGCACAAAGAUAUUGUCUCAGUCUGGUGCAUGAACAACGCCAGGAAAUGUGGAUAUUCUGUGUCUACGCAGUGCAUCGAUGGAAGGCUCAUGAUCCCUGAAUGCUAUGAAGAGCCCAGUGGUAUAAAUUAUAAUCUCCAUUCAGGUUCACUUCCAUCAGAAAUUCAACAAUGCUGA